AGUAUUAUUAACUUUUGUUUUUAAACGAACAGUAAUUUCAAAUUUGCAUGCUCAAUAUUAUGAAAUCGUAUAUUCGUCUAAUUUAUAAUGAAAUUAAAAAUUCGUAAUAAUACGCGCGAAAGGAACAUGUAAACCAGUCGUGUCAUAUGCCAAUUUGUAUCGUGAUUCAAGAUGGAAGACGGUGAAAAUAAAGCAGACGUUGAGCUGGAUAAAGAGAAGAAGUCAUAUGCUGGAAUACCGGAGGCUGAAUUUGUAGAUGAUGUUGAUGCUUUUAUGGCAAGACCUGAAAAUGAGUCUGCAGACAAGGUGCUCCAGACGUUGGAUGAGAACAAUAGCAAAUAUAAAUUCAUGGAAUACAACCUGUUCAGUAAACGUAGACGUUUGAAAGAACAAAUCCCAGAUCUAGAAAGAGCUCUAGAAAUGGUUAAGAAAUUGAAGAAGGACAACAGCCAAGAACUAGAAACUCAUUUUCUCUUAUCCGAGCAAGUUUUUGCAAAGGCUAUUAUUCCACCUACAGAUAAAGUGUGCUUGUGGCUAGGAGCUAAUGUUAUGUUAGAAUAUGAUUUGGAUGAAGCUCACAAAAUGUUAACAGAGAACAUUGAAGCAGCAAAAAAGAAGCUGAGUUAUGUAGAGCAUGAUUUAGACUUUGUAAAAGAUCAGUUUACUACAACAGAGGUCAAUAUGGCACGUAUUUAUAAUUGGGAAGUAAAACGCAGGCAUGCUGCUAAAUCAACAUGAAGGCUGUUUUUUAAUUAAUUAUUCAAUUUUGCACGCAAUAAAUGCCUAAAACCCAAUGGGUAAUUAUAAAAAUGAAAUAAAGUAAUGAGUAAAUCGAAAAAUGCAAUUGUUCAUUCUACAACUUUUUAAUGUCUCGUUUUCAGGUUUAUGUUAUAAAAAAAGCCUGAGAGUAAAAAGUACUGUCAAACGUCAUGAUUCAGACAAAAUAAGAAAUCUAAAUAACAUUUAGGGUGUAAGCUACAUACACCAAUAUUUAUGUAUAUUGCCACAAAUACAUCUGCAUUCUAAGUUAA